CUAGUCACUGCCUGAAGCAGUAAUCGGACAACUGUCGUUCUCACUCUGGCUCGGUCUCUUGAGAUCCCAGCUAUAUAGUGUGUGUAUCGGAGCUCCGUGGGUUCUAACACUUGAAAUGAAAAAGAAAAAGGUGUGUUGUAGCCGGUAAUUUGUUGCGUUACAGGUUCUGCGAACUCUCGAAGAACUCUUUUUGAUGAAGUUUCUCUGUUGUCUCUGGACUGGACAGACUUGGCUGUAGAAGAUUAUAACGUAACUUAAAGGAACGGGAUACCAGCCAGAGCACAGGGAUUCCACCGUAGUUGGAGUCUAUGGACAUGCAGGAUCUAGCCAGUCCGCACAGCUGUGUAAGUGGAAGCAGUGAAUCUCCUAAUGGUCCCAGACUCGACAACUCCCAUAUCAAUACCAAUUCCAUGACCCCCAAUGGCACUGAAGGUGAUAGCAUCACAAUGCUCACCACAGCUGACUGGUUGUUAGGCUCUAGCUCACAGUCGGCUGCAGGUUGGUGCAGUUCAGUUAAAACAGAACCUAUGAGCAGCAGUGACAUCACCACCCCAGUAGCCGACGUCUCCCUAGACAGCUUCUCAGGAUCAGUUAUUGGAACCAGUGGCUUCAGCCCAAGACAAACACAGCAGUUCUCCUCACAGAUUUACCCUUCCAACAGACCGUAUCCACAUAUUCUCCCUACUCCUUCAUCCCAAAAUAUGUCUGCGUACGGUCAGACACAGUACACCACAGGAAUGCAGCAGGCCGCAGCCUAUGCUAGCUACCCCCAGCCUGGACAACCCUACGGGAUCCCUGCCUAUGGCAUAAAGACAGAGGGGGGACUGAGCCAGUCCCAAUCCCCAGGACAGACAGGCUUCCUCAGCUACAGCUCAGGAUUCACCACCCCUCAGACGGGCCAGGCUCCAUACAGCUAUCAAAUGCAAGGUGGCACGUUCACAACCACGCCAGGACUGUACGCAGGAAGCAACGCCCUCACGAACUCAACCGGCUUCAACAGUACACAGCAGGACUACCCAAGCUACCCAGCAUUCGGCCAGGGCCAGUACUCCCAGUAUUACAACAGUUCUCCCUACACCUCCCCCUAUAUGACCAGCAACAACACCAGUCCCACCACCCCCUCCACCACAGCCACCUACACCCUCCAGGAGCCCCCCAGCGCCCUGACCAGCCAGGCCCUCACGGAACCCCCAGCAGGUAGGCCCCAGGCCCCCCAGGCCACCCACCCUCCAUCCCCAGGAUCAGAAGGCUCUGGAGGGGGUGGCUAUGAUGCCAGGGCCACUCAUUAUGGAGAUUACAGUACCAUCCACAGUCCAUCAACGCCCAUUAAAGAUUCAGAAUCGGAUCGAUUGCGGCGUGCCUCGGAUGGAAAGUCACGUGGCCGAGGGAGAAGGAACAACAACCCUUCACCACCGCCUGACUCUGACCUUGAGCGAGUGUUCAUCUGGGACCUGGAUGAGACCAUCAUCGUUUUCCAUUCCUUGCUCACAGGGUCUUACGCUAACAGAUACGGCCGGGAUCCCCCGACGUCUGUGUCACUGGGACUGAGGAUGGAGGAGAUGAUCUUUAACUUGGCAGACUCUCACUUAUUCUUCAACGACUUGGAGGAGUGCGACCAAGUCCACAUCGAUGACGUCUCAUCUGAUGACAACGGUCAGGAUCUGAGUACGUAUAACUUUGGUUCAGAUGGGUUCCACGCGGCAGCGACCAGUGCCAACCUGUGCCUGGCCACGGGCGUGAGAGGAGGAGUGGACUGGAUGAGAAAACUGGCCUUCCGCUACAGACGAGUAAAAGAAAUCUACACCACCUACAAAAAUAACGUUGGAGGUCUGCUGGGCCCAGCCAAACGAGAAGCCUGGUUACAAUUGAGAGCAGAAAUUGAAGCCUUGACCGAUUCCUGGUUAACGCUGGCACUGAAAGCACUCACAUUAAUCCACUCAAGGUCAAACUGUGUGAAUAUUCUGGUGACCACCACCCAGCUCAUACCUGCCCUGGCUAAAGUCCUGCUGUACGGACUGGGGAUAGUGUUUCCUAUUGACAAUAUUUAUAGUGCUACCAAAAUAGGGAAGGAGAGCUGUUUUGAGAGAGUCAUUCAGAGGUUCGGGAGGAAAGUUGUGUACGUCGUCGUGGGAGACGGAGUAGAAGAGGAGCAAGGCUCAAAAAAGCACAACAUGCCCUUCUGGAGAAUCUCCAGCCACUCUGACCUCAUGGCCCUCCACCAUGCUCUGGACCUGGAGUACUUGUAGCUACCGCUUCCUACUGCUCAGACCGUGACACCUACAGCUCGGCCUUCCGGCCCACUGCACCUACCCGUAGGCCCCUACACCCUACCGGCCCAAUGCACCUACCCAAAGGCCCCACAACUGCUCUACCAGACCCUACUGGCCCCUAAAUGGCCCAUACCGGCCCCUACUGGCUCAUACUGGCUCCUACUGGCCCCUACCAACCCCUACUGGUCCCUAAUGGCCCCUAGCGCUCCACAUACCACAACUACUCUACCAGACCUUACUGGCUCCUGCUGGCCCCUACCAACCCCUACUGGCCCCUACCAACCCCCACUGGCCACUACCAACCCCUACUGGCCCCAACUGGCCCCUACUGACCCCUACUGGUCUCUAGUAUUCCACAUACCACAACUACUCUACCAGACCCUACACUUCCUGCUCCACCUUGCCUUGCAACCUUUCAACUUUCAACUUUCACCACAGCCACUCAGGUCCUCCCACCCAGAACAGACUCUCUGGGGCCCUUUGUGUCGCCUGCUCUCCCCCUUAUUUACCUGGCUGCCCUCUUGCCCUCCCUCCUUCCCGCCCUCCCCUCCC